AUGCUCCGUAUUCCAUACUCCAUCCAGUCAAGCGGGGUUGACGAAAGACCAUGGUACUGCGCCGCCACCUCCGGCUGAUUCUCAGCCGCUAUCAGCACCGUGGAUUUGCGACAAAGUACAGCGGCAGAGUGGUGGUGGAAGCCGAUAAUGGCCGGUCAUUCGCCAUCGAAGUCGAUUCCCCGACUCUCCAAACUGACGUCCGCGGCUACGCUCUCCCUCGCCGAGACCUUAUCUGCAAGGUCGCUCAGAUUCUCCAGGCGCCGCCGUCUCUGUCGUCGGACCAAUUCCUCGACCUCUCCGACUACCUCGAGACUUUGUCUCUAUCGUUAACCCCCUCCGAAGCCUCCGAAGUUCUCAAGUCUCUCAAAUCCCCAACCCUAGCUCUCCACUUCUUCCGAUUCUGCCCCGAGAAUAUCCCCAAUUUCCGGCACGACGCCUUCACUUACAACCGCAUCAUUCUCAUCCUCUCCAAGUCCUCUCUCCCCACCCGCCUAGAUCACAUCCGCGAAAUCGUAAGUGAAAUGGAACGCUCCGGCACACGUGGUAACAUCUCCACCGUUAAUCUUCUUAUCGGAGUUUUUGGGAGCGGCGAAGCGGAAAUUGGUAGUGAUUUGAAGAGAUGCUUGGAGCUGGUUAAGAAAUGGGACUUGAGGUUAACUUGCUAUACUUACAAGUGUCUUCUGCAGGCUUAUCUGAGAUUGAACGAUUCGAGUAAGGCUUUGGGAGUUUAUCGAGAGAUAAGAAUGCGGGGGUACAAAUUAGAUAUUUUUUCAUACAAUAUGCUUCUUGAUGCUCUUGCCAAGGAAGAAAAGGUUGAACAGGCACACAAGGUUUUUGAAGACAUGAAAAAGUGGCACUGUGAGCCUGAUGUGUAUACAUAUACAAUUAUGAUUAGAAUGAAUGGAAAAACUGGGAAGCCGAAUGAAUCACUAGUUUUAUUCCAAGAAAUGCUGUCAAAGGGUUGCUCUCCUAAUUUGAUUGCUUAUAACACCGUGAUUCAAGCACUCUCUAAGGGUCGUAUGGUUGACAAGACUCUCUUUCUUUUUUCUAAGAUGAUAGAAAACAAUUGCAGGCCAAAUGAGCUUACAUACAGCUUUAUUUUAUAUGCUUUAGCAGCAGAAGGGAAGCUUCAUAGACUUGAUGAAGUUGUGGAAAUUUCUGAGAGAUACAUGAAUAAGUCCAUAUAUGCGUACCUUGUAAGGACACUCAGUAAAUUAGGUCAUGCUGGUGAAGCACACAGGCUGUUCUGCUCCAUGUGGAAUUUCCAUGAUAAGGGAGAUAGGGAUGCUUACUUGUCCAUGCUAGAGAGUUUAUGCACUGCUGGGAAGGUAACCGAGGCUAUAGACUUGCUGAGUAAGAUGCAUGAAAAAGGGAUAGGUACUGAUACGUUCAUGUAUAAUGUUGUUUUUUCUGCUCUUGGAAGACUAAAGCAGAUUCCACAUAUUCAUGACCUUUACGAGAAGAUGAAGGAGGCUGGUAUAUCACCAGACUUAUUCACUUAUAACAUUUUGAUAUCUAGCUUUGGCAGAGCUGGAAAAGUUGAAGAAGCUGUCAACAUAUUUGAAGAACUUGAGAAUAGUAAUUGGAAGCCUGAUAUUGUCUCAUACAACACCUUAAUAAAUUGUCUAGGGAAGAAUGGCGAUCUUGAUGAAGCGCAUAUGAGGUUCAGAGAGAUGCAAGAGAAGGGUUUAAAUCCAGACGUGGUCACAUAUAGCACACUCAUUGAGUGUUUUGGCAAGACUGAUAAAGUUGAGAUGGCAUGUCAGUUGUUUGAUGAGAUGCUUGCUGACGGAUGUAGCCCAAACAUAGUCACAUACAAUAUCUUACUGGAUUGUCUCGAGAGAUGUGGGAGAACUGCUGAUGCAGUUAAUUUUUAUGCAAAACUAAAAGAACAGGGUUUAGUACCAGAUUCGAUCACCUACGCAAUUCUUGAUCGGUUGCAAAGUGGUUCACAACGGACAGUUAGAAUUCGAAGGCAGAAUCCAAUAACUGGUUGGGUUGUUAGUCCAUUAAGGUGAUGAGAACUAUCCUGAGUGACCAGCAAGCCCACGUCUAUUUUAUGUAGCCUGAUUCAAUUUCUUACUUUCUUUUUCUUUUUCCUCACUGGAGUGGCUUAAUUUUUUCCACCCCAUGAAAUAGUCAAAUUUUAAGUGCUUCUGGUCCUCAGUAAAGUUCAAUUUAUGAUUACCUUUUCAGUUGCAUUUCAAAUUAUGAUCUGCAUAGUCAAAAUACUCACACUAGUAGAUAAGCUACUAAGAGAAAAAACCAAGUGCAAGCCUAGUGAUAAAUGUGACAUGAAUUAGAAUCUGAUUGCCUUUAGUUACAAAAUUUCUUGAGUUGCUUUUCCUUGGUGUGCUGGUUUCUGGUGAUAGAUGUGGCUGCUUUUGAUUUGCAAGGUUUUAUACAUGUAAAGAUUCUGAAUGAAGGUGACUGCUUUUGCCAGGAUAGUUGACAAUCGAGACGCGGCCUUGAUGCCAUUCAUAAAGUCAUAAUUGUCAUUUUUGUGAAUUGUAAUGGUGUUAAAUGUUUUCAUCAUGUGCAGUUCACUUUUCCCUCAUUUCAAACUCUACUUUCUUGUUAGGUUUUUCGUUGUCUUGGUGUAUUUUUUCAGGAUCAUUUAAUGCCUCAAUCAGGGUAGAAUUUGGCAUGGAGUAA